AGGAAUGUAAGCCGUAACACCGUUUUCUUCCUUCGCUUUCCUCUACAUUUUCACUCUAGUUGUCGUUGUUUGUCGAAUUUCUCCAGUCUUACCUCGGUUCCCCUGUGUGAUUGUUCAUUUAGUUAGGAAAUUUAGGAGACCAAAGAGUUACAUAAGUGAAAAGUGCUUCUUCUCAAUACAGCUUGAGGUCCUCGGACGACGUGCCUCCGCAGCACACAUGUGAGGAGAAGGUAUCCGAGCCCAUCCAGCUCCGAGCGCCCGGACACCGCGACCCUCUUCUCGCCCCCCACGGCCCACGUACAUGUUCUUACAUGAAGAGAGUCGAGAAGCCCGAAGGACACAGACAAAUGCGGCCCAAGACGUUCCCCGCGAGCAACUACAGCGGCAACAGCCAGCAGAUGCUGCAGGAGAUCCGCGAGAGCCUGCGAAACCUCUCUCGGCCCGCCGACGGCACCAAGGCGGACCCGGGUGCCGGGAAGGCGCCGGCCGAAGACUCUCGGCAGCCGGGCAGAGCCGGCAACACCAAGAACUCCUACCACAAGGCCCUGCAGGAGAUCCGCAAGUCGCUGAUGCCCUUCGCCAACGAGCCCAGCUCUUCCGGUCGUGGAGCUGAAGUCAACAGGCAGAUGCUGAUGGAGCUGCAGGCCGCCGGGUUUGAGGAGGAGAUGGUGAUCCGUGCCUUGAAGCAGACUGGCAGUCGCAGUGUGGAGGCAGCUAUUGAGUACAUCAGCAAAAUGAGCUACCAGGACCCGUGGCGGGAGCAGAUGGUGGCUGCUGCUGCUCGUCCUGUCAACGCCGGCAUGAAGGCACCCGCUGCAGCUCACAUCCAGCAGCAGGUCAACAGGAAGCCGAGCUGGAAGGGUUCCAAGGAGUCUCUGGUCCCACAAAGGCAUGGACCGCUCAUGGUGGAGGGCAUGAUGUACCGCUCUGACAGUCCAGCUCCCCCAGGGGAUGCUGCAGGACGGUCACCAGCAGCCUUCACACAAGGUCACCCUGGAAAUGGUCAGCGUGCAAACCCACCCCUGCCACCCCAGGUGCGCAGUGUCACACCCCCGCCAAACAGGGGCACCACCCCACCACCACCCUCUUGGGAUGCCAACCCUUCCACUAAGCGUUUCUCUGGGAACAUGGAUUACUUGGUGCCCCGCACUUCUCCGGUUCCACAGGGUGCAUGGCCUGAGAGCUACUCCACACCAUCUUCCCAGAACCAAAGAGGCAUCAGUCCAGUUCCGGUGGGUCGGCAACCCAUAAUCAUGCAGAGUUCUGGAGGGAAUAAGUUUAACUUCCCUUCUGGUUGGCCUCAGAAUGGCUCUGGGCAGCCUGAGUACCUGAGUCACCAGAGUGUGGCAAUUAGUGGAUCUGGCCGCCAGCCCCCACCACCAUACCCUCUGGGCCAGAGCAGCCGGCAGAGCCCCACUGCCUUGCAGAUGCAAGCUGAUGGGCCCACAGCUUCCCCACCGUACACUAAUGGAGGAAGCCUUCCUCAGUCCAUGUUGGCCUCUAACCGAAACAGUCACAAUCUGGAGCUUUACAAUGUCAGCAUACCUGGGCUGACGUCCCCGUGGCCCCAGUGCCCCCUGCCACCAGGCCAGCCCCAGUCAUCCUUGGGGGGCAGCCUACAGCCUAGUCUCCCUGUUCGCUCAAAUUCCUUCAACAACCACCAGCUUGGUGGUCGCCCGGUUCUUCCAGCCACUUCUCAGCCAUCGGCCACCACCGUUACCGCUGUCACCCAGGCACCCAUCCUGCAACCUGUCAAGAGCAUGCGAGUGCCCAAGCCCGAGUUGCAGACUGCUGUGGCUCCCACCCACCCCUCCAGACUGCAGCAGCCAACCCUUCCCACCUCCUACCAAGAGAAUCCCACCUCCAUGUCACAAAUGCAGGUGGUGGGGGAGGCACCAAGUUACCAGGGUCCACCUCCACCUUACCCCCGACACCUCCUCCAACAGCAUGCUGCCCCUGGCCCCACCUAUGAGCCUGUCACUAAGCCCCCUAGUGGGAAGGACAGGCCAGCAGAGGAGGACGGGGGCGGUGGAGGCAGUGAUCGGGUAGAGGUCUAUGAGGGAGCAGCUCCAGGUGACCGGGAGAAGAAACAGAUCACCACAUCACCAGUGCCGGUACGGAGGAACAAGAAAGAUGAGGAGCGGCGUGGGGAAUCGCGUGUCCCAAUCUACUCCCCACAGGCCUUCAAGUUUUUCAUGGAGCAGCAUGUGGAGAACAUUCUGAAGAACCACCAGCAGAGGAUACGCCGCAAGAAGCAGCUGGAGAGUGAAAUGCAAAGGGUGGGGCUGUCAGAUGAGGCCCAGGAGCAGAUGCGAAUGAUGCUCUGUCAAAAGGAGUCCAACUACAUCCGGCUGAAGCGCGCCAAGAUGGACAAGUCAAUGUUUGUGAAGAUCAAGACACUGGGCAUUGGCGCCUUUGGUGAAGUAUGUCUUGCUCGUAAGGUGGACACGGGUGCGCUCUAUGCUAUGAAGACGUUGCGCAAAAAGGACGUGCUGCUGCGCAACCAAGUGGCACAUGUAAAGGCGGAGCGUGACAUCCUUGCAGAGGCUGACAAUGAGUGGGUGGUGCGGCUCUACUAUUCAUUCCAAGAUAAGGACAACCUGUACUUUGUCAUGGACUACAUUCCCGGCGGGGAUAUGAUGAGCCUGCUAAUCCGCAUGGGCAUCUUCCAUGAGGAGCUGGCACAGUUCUACAUCGCCGAACUCACGUGCGCUGUGGAGAGCGUGCAUAAGAUGGGCUUCAUCCACCGUGACAUCAAGCCUGACAACAUCCUCAUCGACCGCGAUGGCCACAUCAAGCUCACUGACUUUGGCCUGUGCACUGGCUUCCGCUGGACACACGAUUCCAAGUACUAUCAGAGUGGUGAUCAUGUCCGGCAGGACAGCAUGGACUUCAGCAAGGAGUGGGAGGAAUCUAACUGUCGCUGUGGAGACCGUCUGAAGCCCCUGGAGCGGCGGGCAGCACGACAGCACCAGCGCUGCCUGGCCCACUCGCUUGUCGGCACACCAAACUACAUCGCCCCCGAGGUCCUGCUCCGCACAGGUUACACUCAGCUCUGUGAUUGGUGGAGUGUUGGUGUCAUUCUCUAUGAGAUGUUAGUAGGACAGCCCCCUUUCUUAGCUACAACACCUCUGGAAACACAGCUCAAGGUGAUCAGCUGGCAGACAACCCUGCACAUUCCCCCUCAGGCCAAGCUGAGCCCUGAGGCAUCAGAUUUGAUUGUGAAGCUGUGCAGAGGUCCUGAAGAUCGGCUAGGCAAAAACGGUGCAGAGGAGAUCAAGGUGCACCCUUUCUUCAGGACCAUUGACUUCUCCACAGAUCUGCGCCAACAACAGCGACCUGCUCCAUACAUCCCCAAGAUAGCUCACUGCACUGACACCUCUAACUUCGACCCAGUGGACCCAGAUAAGCUGUGGAGCGACGAUGACGAAGGCCGCGGGGACACGCUCAAUGGCUGGUUCAAGAACGGCAAGCACCCUGAGCACGCAUUCUAUGAAUUCACCUUCCGUCGCUUCUUCGACGACAAUGGGCACCCCUACAGCUGUCCCAAGCCCAUAGAGUACGAGGGCUACAGCGGUCACAAUUCUGACACUGAGGGUCUAAAGAAAGAAUCAGGAGAGCGGGAAGAAAAGCAACAGGGGCGUGACCUGGUAUAUGUGUGAGCUGUCGCCAUGGUUGCCCCUCUGGUGUCACGCUGGAUCGGGCAAAAGAAGCUUUGGAGUCGUCCCCCCCCCAUUGUUCUGUUUUGAAAGGACAGGAGGGAUGUUUUAGUCUUUAAUGAUUCAUGGUAUGACUAGCUGUACUUGAUUACAGAGAAUAUGAUGAUCAUGGCUGUUUUCAUGGAUGGAUUUUGUUGUCCAUCUGAGGAAAGCAGGCAGUUAGUUUCUAGGACCACACUACAGGUGUAUUUAUUAUAAGGUGUACAGUGUAUGCCUUAACAGUGCGGUUUGAAGAAAUGUACAAAAAAUAAAAUUAAGAUGCAUCUGGGUGCUUUUCUUUUCAAAACACUUUUCAGAAGUGUAACCCCCAUUUUAAGUCUUAAUUUAUUGCAGAUCUUAUGAACUGGUGAUUUCAAAAACCCUCACCUUCCACUAGGAUUCCUUUAUUUUUUAAAAUUGCUUUUAUUGAAAAUGUCUUAAUUUAUGAGGUCAAUUUCAAAAAAGCUGUAAAGGGGAAAUUCCAGUAGCAGGCAGCAGACAAAGAAAUUGGAAAUGCAGGGAUGGAAAUGUUAACACUAAAGCUAUGCUGCAGUGCCUUUUGUGAUGUGCUUCUUUUACCAAAUUUAUAAAACAUUUAAACUGGAAUUUGCUCAGUGAGCACACUAGUUUCAGCAAGAUUUGGUGGAUUGUAAGAUUGUAUUUUUGCUAAUUUAUACAUAAAAUGUAUUUAUAAAUUAUGCUGUACAAAUUUGAUGUAAAUAAUAUUCUGUUGGUUGUAGUGAUUACACCUUAGGGCAGAGCCUGCUUUCACUUGUAGUUGAAGGCCUUUUUUUUUUUUUUUUUUUUGGAAUAUGAUUGCUUUGACUUUGCCUUUUCGUUAUCAUGUUCAAGAGGAGCGAGUGUGAAGCACACCAUUUGUAACACUAAUACAGGCGCUGAUGGCCUUGAUCCUCCAUUUUCCCUUUGGGACCGUUCUACACUUUUCUGUUCACUUGCUUGAGCUUUAGGGACUGUGCUUUCAUUCUCUACACAGGAACCGAACCAAAAAAAAGUUUGGACUUUUAUACGGAGCAGUUUUGUACUUACCUUAACACGGUUGCUGGUUUGAAUACACUACAAGGCCAGUGCUGGCUUGCAGAUGACCACUGGUAGCAGUGCUAUUAGAAAUGGCCUUUUGAUCCUGGGCCCAAGGCACACCCUUUGUGACCUUUAUAUGAUCGGGGGGGGGGCGGGGGUCUUAUGUUGGGCGGAGUUCUGCACAUCAUGAGGUCUGAAUGUAGUGGGCUUUCUGGGGGGGGUGUCCUGCACUCUAUGUACUGUAAUUGCAUUAAGGUGAAAUCCAAAUUUUGUAUAGGGUAUCAUGUAUGUAAAGGGGUAAGGUGAACGAAGAUGAGGGUGAUGAAUUAAAGCACAAAAAGUCUGGAGUUGUAUUUUUGUGUUGGUCUUUGGUAAGUGUCCUUUUCUUAUACAAAGAUAAGUAAUUAGAUUUUAGUUGAAUGAUGUAAGUAUAAACACGGGAGUUAAAACUAGUUUCAUUAAUCACUACAAGUGACUUUUUUCUAAGUUGGUCUUAUUUAUAGAAAAUAUCGAAGGGUAUAGCAAAAAAGUGAAAGGAGACAAGCCAUGAUUAGUCAGUGAACUUGACAUGCUGGUAAACUAAUCUUACUGCAUCUUUAGUCCAGUUACUCCCAUCAUCAUUUCAUUUCAGCAAUAAAUAUAUAUUUU